ACAGUAAUCUCCCUUCCAUAAUAACUGUUUACCAAGGGAAGUAACUUUUGACUGAACAUGCUUAAUGGUGUUUUUCAUAAGGCGUUUAGACUACAAACAAAAUCAAAAGUUAUAGAUUGCAGUUAUUUAGUUUCUUGUGUUUCUCAAGAAAUGUAUAGAGAUGAAAGAAGAGGACGGGGUUAUAGAGGUUGGGGUCGAGGGGGACAGAGACGGUAUUAUCAUGAUGGUAACAACGUAGAGGAGCCAGAUGAACAGAGAUAUGACAAUUUCAAUAAACCUAGAGGAGGUAAAAGAGGUAGAGGUAGACAAGAAUACAGUGAUAGAGAUGGAGGUAGAAGUGAAGGACGUGAUAGACCACCAAGAGGUGAAAGACCACCAAGAGGUGAAGGACGUGAAAGACCACCACCUGGGCUGAAAGGCAAAGAAAUCGGGAUGUGGUAUGCAAAAAAAAGCAAAGCCAAAGCGGAACAGAGAGAUAAAGAUAUGAGGCCAGAAUUGAAGAUGGUUCAACAUCAGCAGAACAAUAUCCGCCAAUUAUUACAUGAAGUAAGAUCAAGCCGAGAAUGUCCCCCUCAACCAACAAGAUCUGGUGCUGAGCUGCCCCCAGCAAGUGAGGGGGAUGAAGGAAUGGACUGGUUUGAAGACAAUGAUUCAAAGAGACAACGAUUUUCUGAUGUAUCAGAAAACCAUGAUGUAGAUGAAGGCACUGCUAGUUCUAGUUAUCAAGAAUCUACUGAUAUAGAUGAUGAUGAUGAUGAUGAUGAAUUACCAGUGAUUACAGAAAGGAUGGAGUUCCUCAACAAUGAUAAUUUUGUAACGAAAGAUGAAAAAGAUAUUUUCAUACCUGACACACCAACAAGAGUUGAUCAAGGGCUUAGUAAGAAAUUUUUAGAAAUAUUCCAGCAAAGGAAAAAAGACUCACUAUAUAAAAAUAUGAAGAAAAUUCGGGAGCAGUUACCCAUACAUAAUGAAAAACAGAGAAUUUUAGAUAUCAUACAUGAGAACCAAGUUGUUGUACUGAGUGGAGAAACUGGCUGUGGCAAAACUACACAGGUACCACAAUAUAUAUUAGAUGAUUUUCUGGAGCAAGAGAGAGGAUCUGAGUGUUCAAUUAUCUGUACUCAACCAAGGCGUAUAAGUGCAAUAACAGUUGCGGAGAGAGUGGCCGAAGAGAGGGCGGAAGAGUGUGGCAAUGAUAACUCUGUGGGCUAUAUGAUACGACUUGAACACAAGUUGCCAAGAAGAGCUGGGAGUAUCCUUUAUUGUACAACUGGUAUACUGUUGAAGAUGUUGGAAGGCGAUCCAUUAUUGGAAAGGGCGACUCAUGUGAUAUUAGAUGAGAUACACGAAAGAGAUCUUUUGUCGGACUUUAUUCUCAUCAUUAUGAAGGAUAUUUUACAGAAACGACCGGAGCUCAAAGUUGUCCUUAUGAGUGCCACUCUGAAUGCUGAGGAAUUCUCAAAAUAUUUCAAUAACUGUCCAAUGAUACAUGCCAAGGGAUUUACAUACCCAGUGAAAGAAUAUCUCCUUGAGGAUGUGAUUGAACUUCUUAGAUAUGAAGUGCCUGAAGAAAUGUUAAGGACUUCAAAAUAUGAAAAAAGGAGGAGAAAAAAGUUAGGUGGAAUUGAGAUGAUGGAGGAGGAUAUGAGGGAGGCGUGGCUUCGUAACCUUGACGACAGGUACUCUAGGAGCACACGGGAUGCAUUGUUUGAUAUGGACAUGACAAAAGUUGAUCUAAAACUGAUUAAGGAACUGAUAUGGGUUUUAAUAACCUCAAAACCAGAUGGAGCAAUUCUUGUUUUUGUACCAGGCAUGUCUCAUAUUAAAGAUCUUCAUGACUUGUUAUCAAAAGACCAGUCCUUUAGAUCUGCUGGUUGUAAUGUAAUAGGGUUACAUUCAAUGUUACCAACUAUGAGAGAAGUGUUCCAAAAAUCUCCGGAGGGCACGAGAAAAAUUGUCAUAGCAACAAAUAUUGCAGAAACAAGUAUAACAAUAGAUGAUGUAGUGUAUGUGAUAGAUUGUGGACAAACCAAAAUAACUGGAUUUACGCCAGAAAAUGAUCUCGCCACACUUCACAACGUGCUUGUCUCCCGUGCAAACUCCAAACAGAGACGUGGAAGAGCUGGAAGGGUGCAGCCAGGUGAAUGUUACCAUUUGUAUACAAGUCUACAUGAAUCAUUGAUGGUAGAUCAACAUCCACCUGAAAUAUUGAGAACUAGACUGGAAGAGUUAUGUCUACGUGUAAAAUGUUUAAAUCUUGGGAAAGUAAUGCCGUUUGUGAAGAAAGCUAUGCAACCUCCAUCUGCUGAGGCUAUAGAAUCUGCCAUUGUGAAGCUACAAGAUCUGAAUGCGUUGGACAAAGAUGAGAACCUUUUGCCACUUGGUAGACAUCUGGCACAGAUUCCAUUAGACCCUCACACAGGCAAGAUGAUCCUGUUUGGGGCGAUAUUUGGAUGCCUUGAUCCUAUACUAUCUAUUGCAGCCUGUCUUAGUUUCAAAGAUCCUUUUGUUACUCCAUUGGGCAAGGAAAAGUUAGGUGACAUGGCAAAGUUAGAAAUGUCUGCUGGAUCGUUGAGUGAUCAUAUAUUAUUGGUGAAUGCCCUCCAGACUUGGAAAAGAGCAAGAAGUCGUGGCACUGAACAUAGUCUCUGCUGGAAGAAUUUCAUGUCAAAUUCCACAUUAAUAUCACUAGACAAGAUGAGGAAUCAACUUGCUGGACUAUUGUGUGAUCUCGGAUUUAUAACGUCCAAAGAUCCAUCACAGAGUGCCGCCAAUCGGAAUUCUGGCAAUACAGCUCUUGUAAAAGCUAUAGUGAGUGCUGGACUUUAUCCUAAUGUAGCAAAAAUAAAAAGUUUACCAACUAAAUACAGACCUAUGAGGUUUUUAGUGAAGGAUAACAGCAGAUGUGAGCUACAUCCUAAAUCAGUUGUUAAGGAUGUUAAAUCUCCAGGUACCCAGUGGGUUGUCUUUCACAAGAAAAUGAAAACUACAUCUGUGUUUCUAUAUGACUGUACAUUAGUGUCCCCGUAUUCUCUGUUGUUCUUCGGUGGAGAUAUAAAACAUGUCUAUGACAACAAUGAAGGAACAGUGUGUGUAGAUGACUGGAUCAGAUUCAAAGCUUCAUCUGAUAUUGUCAAACUUGUUAUGGAAUUAAGACAUGAGCUGGACUGUGUACUAGACACAUUGAUAAGAGAAAGUGAUGGCACUAAUUUGGACCCGAGAACUAAACAAGGUGCCAUUAUCAAGGCAAUUAUAGACUUAGUGACCACGGAAGCUGCUGAAAAUAAUUUUGAAGAAGACCAGAGAUGAUAAUUGGACUAUAAUAAGUUUGAUAUCAGAUAUCAGGUUUACUUUUCCAUCUGACAAGUAACCAGUAUGUCAGAAAGGACAGUAAUAGGUCUAUGGACUAAGGAUUCAGGAGUUUGUUCAGUGUUUUUUCUCAAGCAGAUUUGGUGUAGAACAGUAUGUUAAAUCGUUUUCUAACAUGACCUGCAUUUACAGCAGUAUUCCUUUAUUGAUAUCAUGUUAGAAUGGAAAUAAUACAUUUGUGUAUCCCAAUUGGUGAUUUUAUCACUUGAUUAAUUCACUGUUUGUCGAUCGGAUGCGCAUUAUUAUAUCACUCUGGCUAUGCCUUUGUGAUAUAAUUCCUCCCAUCCAAACUGUUUUGGAUAUAGUAUUUCUUUAUUAUUUCUCCACCACUGCAUCAAAUAUGUGGAAAUGUCAGCUACUAGUGAAUGCACUGGUUAGUUAUGAUAAAGAUUAUAGGAACUCUUUAAAUGGUAACUGCCUGCUUGUAAAAUGAUUGGUAAUAAAAAAACAUUAGUCAUGAAAAUAGGUUAUAAUAUUGAUCAAAUGUAUAUAAAUGUUUGAGGGGGGGGGAUUAGAACAGUUAAUAAUAGUGAUUGUUUUUGUUAAUGAUUUGUUUUGAAUAAAAAAAU